AAAUGACGCGCAUAUCCGCGUCAUAACCUAUAAGCUUUUGUUGACGAUAGACGCUACAGCGAUUUAUGAAUAUUAAGGCGGGCUAAAUGUUUUCGACUAUUAGUCGUCACAUAUACCGAACAACGAGAAUUUCCAGGACGAUUGAACACACCAGAAGGACUCGGGGAUGAGAGGCCGAGGGUGCGAGAGAAUGUAUCGUAGACAGUUAGUAUGGAAUACGACUCAGAAUCCAGCUGCGAAAGCCGUCGUCUGAGAAACUUGGAGAAUCCGGACGAACCGGUGCAUGAAAAAUGCGACGUCUUGUGCCACUCACCGUCACCAUCGGUCGAACCGUCCAAGUUCAGGUCGCACCUCUCCGGCAAGAAGAGCCUUUCCGCGCAGGUAAUGGAAUAUUAUCGCAAGUAUUCCCGAGACGCCAAUUUGGAUCAGUAUUUCUCGCUAUCUAUGUCGAAUACUCCGCAGGAGGCUAUUAAGAAUUAUUACAGUUUGUACGAAUUAAACGUCCAAGUGGGUACAUCUAGCAGACAGAGCUGUGUCGGAGAGGAGUACAAUUUGAAGCCCUGUGUACCAAAAGAAAGGCGUAGGUGGGUAAGACCCCCGUUGAUCGGGCAAUCCUCAAACACGGAUCAUUCUUUGGAUCAGGCCUCAUCCAGGUAUGUUCAACCAUUGACAGAUAUCCAGACGCCAUCGCCAGAUCUCAAGCGUAUUAUAUCGGAGACGAUACACGAGGAGAGGAACGAGAGUCAGGAGAAGUUUCCAGAGGUGAACGAGAGAAAGCUGUCCUCUCCGACCUCCAGCGUGGCAUCCUAUAAACCACUGGAGUGGGACAGCGGCGCAGACGUCGGUUACUUCAAUUCACAGGCUCACAAUAAGCAAGGCGAUAAAAAGUUGAGUACUAUAGAACGUAUGGCUCUAGCACGAGGAUGCUCCGCCGCCUUACGGUUAGACCCGGAGGGUACAACUGAAUCAGGGAUGCAAUCCGGAAAGAAUGCGAUGGCACAGAGUGGUUCAAAAUCCAUUGCUCCCGAUGCGAACUCCACGCCGUUAAUCGGAAAUGUUUCGGGAUCGGAGAGCGAGAUAGAGAUAACACCUAUUGUAAAGAAUCAUUUGCCAGGCAUUAUAACGGGAGAUGACAUAAAAUCGCAAGAGAGAUAUGUUCCAAGUGACUCCACGCAAUUGAAAGCUGUAGUAAGGCCUACCAGAUUGGAGAUACACGACACUCCUACGUCGGCGUUUAAGGUUCCAUUAGCGAAAUAUUCGACGGUAGAGAAAAAGAUUGUAAAUAAACGCAAGGAAGUCAUUCGUCCAUUGAGUUCGCCAUUGAAGAAAAGCAUCUCGAUGAAUGUAAUACCCCCGUUAUCGACGAAAUGCUCAUUGAAGAGGAGUCAGAGCGAAGUAAAUCUUCACGCUAAAGAAAAGAAAACUGUAUUUCCUCUAAUCUUUAACUCCACAUCCUCCAUCGCUACCGUAGUGAAUAAACCCGCCACUUGCGACAAGGUGAUACAAACGAGUCCUGAUGUAUGCACUCAAGAAUCCAUUGGCGUGCAGGUAUCAGAUUUUGAAGAAACGAAACCGCCGACUAUGGAGAAGGAUUCUAAUCUGCAAACGGCGAUACAUUCUAUUUUGAAAAGGUCUAAAGGUACAUAUAAAGUUAAAAAUCCGAGAAAAUGCGACAUUUCAGCAGGUGACGCCGAGGUCAGCGCGGACGCGAAGGAGAACCAGAAACGUCGAAAUAGCUCGGACAUCUCCCAGAACGCAUCCACUUCAGUGACACCGCAGCCUGACGAGACGGAAAACGUAUCCGGGAGAGCCAAUAGUUUCGAGUAUUUUCCGGGACACACCUACGCAAAUGUCCCAAACGAAAGGGACAGUCACGUUUCCUCGGACACCGGUAGAUCGAACUCUACAUUGCCAAACAGCAGUUCCAGUGUCAAUGAUAAGCUCUGGGGAGAUUCGGACAGCUUGGUUCGAGAUUUGGAGAAAAGUGUUAACAUCUUGAAGAGUCUCGUCGAUGCUAAUAAAUGCGAUAAACAGAUCAAGAAAAGACUGAUACACCACGUGAUUAAGCGACUCAUAACUGCGAAAUAUACAGACGACAAAAUAGAGCAUAAUUUGGAGGAUAACGUUCCUUGGAAUCCAGACGAUGCCAGGAAUAAGAUGUACCGAGCUGAACUACUUCAGGCCCUGACGAAUAAGCAUAGCACUACCGAGUCGUCGGAUGAAUGGAACGUGCAGAAGAAGGACGUGUCUAUGCAGAAGUCCAUGGGGACUACUAGUGAUGUAAUAAAGGAAGUCACAUUAGAGAGUAGUAAUAGCGACAAGUUUGAUCGACAUACUGAUAGAACGGAAAUGGACGGUAGGAAAGCGCGAUUAGGAUUGAGAACGGAUGAUUGUCAGCAGACUAGCAAUACGCCAACGGAUCCUGAUAAGAGCGAGAGCUCCGAAUGCUUUGUGCCUCAGCGCAAUCAUAAGAACACUAAGGUAAACGACAUAUUUUGUUUCAAGGAGAACUGCAAACUGCCACACAGAGAGUCGACCACGACGAACAGUAUACCACCAGAUCACAACAGGAUUUUACUAGAUGCCGUCGUAAAUAACAGAAGAACGCCAGUCGAGUCCAACAAUAACACGGAUAAUAACACCGACUGGAGAUUACCGACGACGUCGUCUGAAAGACAAUUUGAAUUGAACAAGUGCAGCAUGUCCGAAUCCGGUGAUUCCAAGCUCGUUAAUUACGCCGAGAUGGAGAAGAGAAAUCAACUUAUUUGGAUUACAAACGAGAUUAGUCAUCUCUGUAAUUUAAAGAAAUUGCUAGAACAACCUAGGCGAUUGGAAAGACCAAAAUCCUCGCCAAGAAAAUCUAAAUCGACGAAUCUCAAGUCAAAGCAAACAGCGAUACUUAGGCGGGAACAACACGCGGAUGCCAUGCAUAGGAACAUAUCUGACUUGCGAGAAGAUUCCGUUAACGAGCCAUGGUCGUCUCACUGCAAUUUGGCAGCAUGUGAAACCCCUGGCGAUAAUAUGGUUCAGAGGAUCAUGAAACGCAACAGUUGCACGCAAACGGCCAUGGGCGUGGCUAAUGCUUAUUCGAAGACUGGCGGGGAGAUCGUGUCUGCUAGCAGAAUGCGGAGACCUGCAACAAAACAUAUCGCUGUCGGUGUGCAGACGCUACCUCAGGAAACGUCAUCAACACCGGUGACGACAGAGUCCGAUGUAUACGAUGCAAAGUAUGCGAAUCUUCAAAAGCCAUGCGCACAUUAUCAAAACGACACCAAGUGCAGAGAUCAGUCAUGUCAAACGCACUCUACCCCGAUUGUACAACGAACGUGUACACGAUGUAAACAGAAUUCGUCCGAGAAUUCGGCCUUAAUCAGAUCACGAAAGGGUUAUCAAGAAGACAUACCGGCCAUUUCGCAGCAGACACAAACGAAUUAUGCGAGCGACAAUAGCACUACAGAAUCGGUUCAUCAUCGUAUAUCGCAAAAUAACAGUGUCCAGCCGAAACAGAAAGAGGCUAAGAAUCAAAUCAAUGCGUCAAAAUCAAAAUGUAAUUGUGCACAUAGUGUUUAUCCAUUUAUAACUGAUAACAAGGGCAGCUCGAGCACUAUUAAAGUCAAACGGACUGAAUAUUACAAACGACCAUUUAUGACAUGUCCAUUGUGUUUUAAACAGAAGCCUGUUAUAGACAUUAAUAAUACCGUCUGUAGUGUAUGUCAAAAAAACCCUUCUUGUACUCAUGAUAACAUUUCAGGGGUAGAACAAACUUGUGGAAAUGCUUGCGAGUGUGAUAAUGUCUCUGCUAACGACGCGGAUAGGAGGAUUGUCAUUGGAAAAUCCCGACAAAACUAUAACGCGGAAAGUCAGAACAGAACGCGCGCGCUAAAUUUCAGCGAACAGAGUGACACGGGGAAGAUUUGUAAUUGCACGAACGAUUGUGCUGCGUGCCAUAAUUCAGGAAUCACAGAAACACUGUGCGAAUGUUAUACGGGCGGUAAAAUCGACAAUAAUGGCUUGUGCCGUUUUGACUGUCAUCUAAAGAUAGACGGGCGUCAACCGCAGACACAAAUUUACUCUGAUAGUUCGCAGGAUAGCGACGUGAAUCAACAACGUAAAGUACAAAGUAGCUUAAAAUGCAAUUGCAAUGAGGCUUGCUCCUGUAGUAAUAGUCAAGUGAAAGACAUUGUCAAAGGGAAAGCGUGCAAAAGUUAUAUAUCCAAACCAAACUAUGCAGAUGAUACCAGUAUUAAUGAGACUGAAAGAAAUUACAAACGUUGCCGCGUGUGUGGUGCCAUGUAUCAAAAUACUAGAAAAUGUGACUGUCGUCAGACAUAUCCCAAAGCUGUCGCGUAUGAAUUAUCGUUUACAAAAACAACUGCCUCGAAAAAUGAAAUUUCAGAUAUACCAAAAGUCCUCAAACAACCUUUGAAUGUAGGAAAAUCUGAUAGCUGUCCUUGUGAUAUUAUAAAAAGAAAUAACGCCAGCAAAAAUCUUCAUCAAACUACAUUACAGGAUUAUUUAUCUAGGAAUAAUCCUGAAUUUGUGGGCAAUGCGGAAACACGCCGACAGUAUUUGUCGGAAAUAUGCCAAUUACGCGAAUUGAGGAAAGAAAAGCGAAUACAGUUAUUGGCGAUAGCUAGUAUGUCCAAUGUUAUUAAAUCCGCACCAAUACGAAAGCCAACGAAAGCAACAGUUUACAUGCAGCGAAAAAUUACCGAUGAGGAGAUGAAGGAGAGAUCACGUAAACGAUAUCUUCGAUUGAAUGAAGUGCGAUUUAAACGGCGACAACAAGAACGGCAAGAGGAAGCACGUCGAAAUAAACUUAUGGCAAAAAUCUUUUGUAAGAGAUUGCAACAAAAAGUAUUGAGGGGCCAAGUAGAUUUAUCUCAAAGCGUUAGCGUUGUAUCUAAUUUGUAG